UGUGAAAUGACCAAGAGCGAAUCGUUUGUGUAAUAUCUCGUUUAAAUCAUGGCUGCGCUUCUGAUCUCGAUCGUCCUGCUACUACCGAUUAUCGUUAAGCCCGGCCACUCGUACGUCUUCGGCAGCAACAUGAUCAGCCACGAGGAGUUCAAUCGGGCCGUGCAUCGAGCCGGCUACCUCGUGCCCAAGGACGAGACCUAUCGCAACUUCGUCGAGGCGAUCACUCGCGGCUCGUUCGGCCGCGACGAGGCCGCCAUGCUCCUCGCCCAGAUGCUCUACGAGAGCGGCGGCUUCAUGAUCAAGGAGGACCUCGGCUGUCUGCGCGGCGAUCACUGCCUGCGCAAGUACUCGCUGGAUAAGUCAGGCCUGCCCGGCAAGAACUAUCACGGCCGCGGCUAUCUCAAGGUCGCCUGGGGCGCCAACUACAGGGCGGCCUCCGACGCACUGGGCUACGGCGAGACCCUGCUGAGCGAGCCCGACCUCGUGACGACGGAUCCGAGACUGGCGAUGCUCGUCAGCGUCUGGUACUGGGAGCAGAAGGUCCGGCCGAAGAUCGUCCACGUGCCGAAGAGCAGCAACGACGACGGCGACUACAACGAUCUGCGGCCGGCGUCGCGGCCGAGAUAUCGAUUCGGCGAUACGACCAGGGCCCUCAAUCCGUACGAGUGCGUGAGAAAUCCCGAGCGGGCUCAUCGCCGAUGGAUGACUUACAUCAGGGUGGCCGAGAGUCUGCACGUGAGCAACUUCGCCGAGGAGAACGGCUGCUACAAUUGACCGUCCGAAUAAUUUAGAAAAUUUAUUAACGACAUAAUAAUUCGACUGUGCCACUGCCUUCCCAAUCAUACAUGAUAGAGGAUCUUUGUAUUUAAAUAAUGAUAAUACAAUUUAAGACAUAUAAUUAUAUUUAUACGCUCGCGCGACUUUGUUUGAAUUACAUAAUUUUUUUUUUUCACUUCAUCGACGAUGAUGCGGCGCACGUUGUUUUUCGCUAGAGGAAGUCGACUGCGAAAUUCAUACGUUUAUUAUUAUUGCCGUACAUUACCAUUUGUAUUUAUCAAUUGACAUAUUUCGUAUCCGCGAUCGUUGUGUGCGUGUGACGCGAUCAUUGAAUAUUAAUUUUUCAUUUCUAUCUAAUUUUUUUUCCGUCUUCGCGAGGAAUGCAUGUCGUUUUUUCGUUGAAAAGAAGUUUCAAGUUGAAAUAUUGACACUUGGAUUUCAGUAGUGGUUUUAGACUAAUUAAUUUAAGGAUCUCAUUUAUAAUUAUUUGUAAAUACAAUUAAUAAAAGUAAUGUGAUCGAUAUGUUUUGAACUGAAUCAAAGUUCGAUUCGAAACGUAAAUGACAAAUGUUGUGUACUCGAUAAUUUAGUUAAAAUAAAUAUGCCACUGAAACACA